GCACACAUUUAUCCCAUGCAUCUUGCGAGAUUCAUUCUUACUACAUGCAAGUGCAAGUACUUCAUGUACUAUGUAGUACAAAAUUCCUGUUGCAGCAACAGCACACAAGUAUGCACAUCAUCCCAUGGCAAGGUAAGUCAUGCCGAGCGUCGCCGUCUAGUACUAUCCUCAAUUGCUCGAACCCAUCAGAUCGAUGUCACUUCCGACACGCUACGUACGAACUCCGAGCAUCCUCCCCCAGAUGACGGGCAAAAACCCCCAUCUGCAAAAUGACGUUCUUCCCCCGACCUUUGACGUUUUGGCGGUACAAUAGUAUCUCUCACAAAACCGGUAAAACCGGAAAAUCAAAACAACCGGGCUUAUCCCACCAAAACUCACCAUCCGCAACGCGAAAUAUCUCCAUCACCACGUGCUUGUUUUACACCAAAAAUAUGCGCAAUUAAAUGCGCAGUCUUCAUUUUUAACAUGCCUCGUCGCUUGAAAAUUAACACGCCGCCGCCGGAGCUCCAGCCGCUAGAGGAGCAAGCGGAUGGGCAGCGCCCGCAGGUGCAAACUCCCAAACGUGCCGCCAUAUUUGCAGUGUAUCUAUGGGCUCAACAACAGUCAAUACCAUGCAAUCUAGCUAGUAUUUCUACUCUAUUUGGUAUACCGAAAUCUACAGCUUCUGAUAUCCUCGCAUCCCGACGAUGCCGCCGUCUCCAAAACGCUGAUGACGUCGUCGAUACCCGCCCACCACCACGCCAGCUCACGAGGAGCGACACCGCCGCGAUUGGCACCUGGCUUGAUGAAGCUCCCUUUGACGAUAAAAGCCUCCCUUGGCAGGAUAUUUCUGAAAAAGCUGGUGUCGUCAAAGAGUAUCGUAAUGGGCGAGGUUAAGAAAAUAUUCUGUGGAGCACUGGUGCGAUCCAGCGUCGCGUCGCCCAUGAUGAGGGUAUCAAGUCUCAUAAAGCUGUUGUCAAAGGCAAGCAUAAACAGGCACAGAUUAACAGCCGGCUAGAGUAUUGUUCUAUACAAUUACAGCAGAGGCCUACUAGUACUGCAUGGCGCGAUGUGAUCUGGUGUGAUGAGAUCCACUGGAUGACUGGGCCAAAAUAUCUAAACCAUAUCAAACGCCGCCCCGGUGUUAAGCACCGCGAGGACCCAAAAAAUAUACAGUACGAGGAGCAGCGUAAGG